AUGGCUGCUGCGUCUGAGGCUGCAAACUCUGAGGGGAAACAGCUUCCUAAUAAGACAGAUAUGAUGAUCUGGAAGUCCAGAAAAGAAUGUGUACUGCAGAAUAUUCCAAAUGUUCCUGAUGGCAACUCUGAAGAAAGUGAAUCUGCUUCUACCUCCCCCAAUGAAGGUGAUAUCAGUGGCUCUACUGAUGAGGGCUGGUGCAAUAUAUAUACUGACCUGGAUGUGUGGGAUGGUGAAGUUUCCAAUGUACCCAAGUCUUCAGGGCAGCAAGAUGCAUCUGAGCAUGAGGUGGAGGACUGGGAUAAAGAAUUGGAGGAGGCUGCAUCUGGUCCUUAUGAUGCUGACGAUCUCUGCGGCGGAAGCUUUGAGGAAAAGAAUGUUUUCGGCUCAUAUGUGUGGAAGGAGGAUUGGUUUUACCACCCAAGCUGUCACCACACACCUUGCCUUGUGUUUCCACCACGAGUUAGAACAGUUGAGAAGGGCCAGUUUGAUGAUGCUGAUGAAUGAGGUUGAGUCUGGUCAGAAGUAAGUUUGGUUUCUGUGUUGGAUUAUGUUCUUCAGCUGUGCCAAGUCCCUUGGCUUUUUUGCAGAGUUGGGCCUGAGGCCAGAAAUGUGACACCUUCUCCAGAGUUUUGCUGAGGCUGUUUCUGAGCUGUUCAUAAACUGCCCACCCUUGCUCUGGAUACAAGAGUGCAGGUGCUGGGUGUAAGGAGUCAGUGCAUUUCUGGAGCUUUUGUUUGUAUUAUAUAGAUCUAUGUUGCUAAUUAAU